AUGUCAGAAACAGCUCCUGCAGCUCCCACUGAUCCUGUUCCAGGCCCAAUGGAGAAGCCGCCUGCCAAAAGGCGGGGGAAGAAGGCGGUCGGCCUGACAGGUGCAGGUCGCAAGGCUCGGAGUUCCUCGGUGUCCAAGUUGAUCACUGAGGCUCUUUCUGAGUCCCAGGAGCGAGCAGGUGUGUCCUUGGCUGCGCUCAAGAAGGCCCUGACGGCCGCAGGAUAUGACGUUGAGAAGAAUAACAGCCGCAUCAAGUUGGCGCUUAAGAGUCUGGUGGGCAAGGGUGUUUUGGUGCAGACCAGGGGUACUGGUGCCUCUGGCUCCUUCAAGCUCAGCAGAAAGGCUGCUCCUGAAGCCACCAAGGCCAAGGUCAGAAAGCCUGCUUCUGCCAAGGCUAAGAAGCUGGUCCUGUCCARGGACUCGAGGUCCCCAAAGGGUGCCAAAACCAACAAGGGAACCAAAAAGCCCAGGCCUACACCUAAGAAAGCUCCGGCGAGUGGRAGGAAGACCAAAGGAGCCAAGGGCAUCCAGCAGCGGAAGAGCCCUGCCAAGGCCAGAGCAGGGAAGCCCAAGACUGGGAAGCCCAAGCUGGCUCUGCAGAAAGCCAACCCUAGGAAGGCGGCUUCGAAGAAGUGA